UAUAGCGGGGGAAAAGUUUCGUAUGUCCAGUGCGUAAGACGGUGGCAAGUGGGACGGUACUGCUGCGUGUUUCCUCUCUCUCUCUCACUCGAUUGGAAAACACAUGAAUAAUAAUCUAAUAAUAAUAAUAACAAUGUGUGAUAAUUAAUAGCUUAUCAGAAGGUAAAUGUUAAAAGGAAAAUAGUUACCGGCAGUUUGAUGAGAUGGAGAGACGAAAUGAUAAUUAUUACCUGGUGCGUACCUGUGACUGUGUACUGAGCUGAUUAAUAACACAGAAAACGAUGGAAUUCUGCUGUCUUUUCACAGUUCUCUUGGUGACAUUAGCUGCUGGAGAGAGCCUAAAGAACCCAGAUAUACCUGUCUACUCUGUCAGGUACUCAGAGAAGGACUUGGCAGAACUAACCACCACCACCACCACCGCCACCCUGCCUCCCUUCACUCCCUCACCCACUGAUCACUUCAUUGACUCGCCUAAUUUCCACCAAGCCGAGUCUCAAGUAAAGAGUCGCCCUAAGGAGAGCUCGUAUAUUCCUAGCGUUAGGAGGCUGGCGAAGAAGUACAGUAACGUGUUUGGGUCUGCGAAUGCUAAUACGGGACUUACAAACACUACGCAUGCCUUCGUCGACGUAGAGAAAGUUAAAAAACCCACUAGAGUCUCAGAAACUAGUGAACAUCCCUCGAAAAUUAAUUCAUACAUUACUUUGUCACCAACGGAAAUUAACGUGGAUAUUUCAGACUAUGGUAGUAACGGCACGCACAUUAAUGAAACACUCAGUGCACGUACACUCGACACAAAUACACUAGCAAGGUUUCCCGGUGUUUUUAGGUACAGCAAUGUAAGUCUGGCAAAAGCUGAGUCAAGAAAUACUAUGCUGUCGGGAGUGCCAGCAAGCAGAACCAAGAAGUUUCGUCGGAGAGAGAAGGCCAUCGGACGAUUUACCGGGUUAUCUAGGCCUGUGAGACUCCUACCACCUGCCCAGAGGAAAGAAACAGUGCCGGAAAUUCCACUUUACAAUAUUCCGGGCAGUCACAACAUCCCAAACCCGAAUAUUCGAGCCAGAAAAGCAAAAGUAAAGUUUACCCGGAAGAGAACGCCAAGCGACAAAGAAAACGGACACCACCAGGAGUUAGUUGAACCAGUGACUGUGACAAAGCGUCCCCUCUCCUUAACUCCUUUCACUUUCCACUCGCAACACAUCGUCGACAUGGUGGAAUUUGGAAGAAAAAACAUGAAAGCGGUAGAGGAGCUAUCCCAAUACGCAGGAAACAAAGAAAACAACACACACUACCCCCAACACCUGAUGAAGUUCUUAGGGCCAACUUUAGAAAUCCGAAAAUAUACCAUAUCCGACACCAGGCCGCAGACAGUUAUCGUGCGGCACAAAGGAGAGGAUAUGCAAUCUCCUCGUGCAGCCCCACAGGUCAAAGAAGUGCCAGUAGAGCCUGUAGUGCCGGCAGAGCAGCCACGAGCACCUUAUAGAGCUAAGUCACGCAGAGUCAAGUCGCGUGCGGGGAACAAGCGACGCCAGGCUGGAGUUGCAUCACCGUCUUGGCCCAGUGACACGAGAACCAGACAUUACGUAGCCGCUGUCACUCCCUCGCCCGCCAGAACACCGCAGAGACAACCCCAGACCUAUUUCCUCCCCAGCGAGGCGAGAGCAAGACCCCCUUGGCGCCCUGAGCAAAGUUAUAAUUACAAGAGUCAAACGUCAACAGAGCAGACCAAGGGAGUGAGUACAAGUGUCCCAGAACCUCCUCAUCAGAGUACAGGGCGGAGGGUGAACAAGCCCGCCACCUCAACUGAGUCUAAUGAAGCCAUCACGCCCACCACCUUCCGUCCAGUAAGGAAAAGACGCCCAUCCGCCCGCCGCGCCCGCCAGCCACGCCCUCCUGUGCAUGACAUAAGGAACAAUCAGGUCUCUCCACGAAUUGCCAAUGACCUUAGCAGUCAGAUCGCCGCUGUGACCUCGUUUACAUGUGCAGGGCGGCCACCAGGUCACCACGCCGAUACGGAGGCAGGAUGCAAGGUGUUCCACGUGUGUCAAGAAGACGGGAGGAGGAACUCUUUCCUGUGCCCCAAAGGGACGCUCUUCAACCAACACCUGCUCACCUGCGAUCACCUAUAUCGUGUCACUUGCCAGAACUGAAUGCCAAACGUCGUACCUGAGACAGUCACGGGAGUCACACCUAAGUGCUUCCAUUGACACCCCAGCCAGCCAGCAGCCCGCCACGGCGUCACAACCAGUGCAGCACCUCAAGGGCCGCUCACUCCCGCAGCACACCACACACCACGGAACCCUGAAAAGAGAAAGAGAACAUGAAAUAAAAAUGAAAACGUGAAAUGCACUGACAAUCUUAAAAGAAAUAAAAAAAGGAAUGAAAUAAA